AUGAACAUCACAGAAUAUCAUCUUGGUCUACUGAAAGGAAAGCUUGCCCGGCUUCGCGCGCAACUUCUGGAACCGGGCCCGGGAUCCGGUGGCGGUCCGGGAGCAGGUUUCGACGUAAGCAAGAGUGGUGAUGCUCGAAUAUCGCUAGUUGGGUUUCCCUCCGUCGGAAAAUCGACGUUCCUUUCAAAAGUCACCAAGACGAGAUCAGAGGUUGCGUCUUACGCAUUCACAACACUUACCGCAAUUCCCGGCGUGUUAGAGUACGACGGUGCCGAGAUCCAGCUGCUUGAUCUUCCCGGUAUCAUCGAGGGGGCCUCUGAAGGCAAGGGACGUGGACGGCAAGUCAUCUCGGCGGCCAAGACUAGCGACUUGAUUCUCAUGGUGCUGGAUGCGACGAAACGAGCGGAACAGCGGGCGCUCCUCGAGGCCGAACUGGAAGCUGUGGGCAUCCGCCUAAACAGGGAACCACCAAACAUCUAUCUCAAAGCGAAAAAGGCGGGCGGGAUGAAAAUCACUUUCUCGGCGCCGCCCAAGAACCUUGACGAGAAGAUGGUGUACAACAUCCUCCGCGAUUACAAGAUGCUCAACUGCGAGGUGCUCGUUCGCGAUGAAAACUGCACGGUAGACGACUUGAUUGAUGUCAUCAUGAAGGACCACCGCAAGUACAUCAAGUGCUUAUAUGUGUACAACAAGAUUGAUAGCGUCUCCAUCGAGUUCCUCGACCAGCUGGCGCGCGAGCCCCACACCGUCGUCAUGAGCUGUGAGCUAGACCUCGGUAUCCAGGACGUGGUAGAUAGGUGCUGGAAGGAGCUCAACCUCAUUCGCAUUUACACCAAGCGGAAGGGCAUUGAGCCCAAUUUUGGAGAGGCCCUCAUCGUCCGGAGCGGUAGUACUAUCGAAGACGUGUGCGACCAGAUCCACCGUACGAUGAAGGAGACGUUCAAGUACGCGCUCGUAUGGGGUGCCAGCGCGAGGCAUGUACCUCAGAGAGUUGGACUGAGCCAUCCAGUAGCGGAUGGGGAUGUUGUAUAUAUCAUGGGUGCAUGGCGGGCGUAA